AUGCUCUUCUACAAAGCUCUUCUUGCUAUCCUUGCCUCCACUGCUGUCGUUUGGGCUCUUCCAGUACUUGGUGAUUCUAAUGGACUCCUCAACGGUCUUACUGGAAAACUCAACGGUGCUCUUGGGAACACACCACUUGGGAAUCUCAAUAUUGCCGAGUUGAUUGAUCUUGACGAGUUACUUGAACUUCUGGAAAUGCUUAAAGAAAUCAAGGAAAAUAUUUCACUAACAGGGGAACUAAAACCUGAACUUGAAGAUGUAGUAGAUGACGGGGAAGCAACAAUUGAACCUGAUGCUGAUGAUAAUGAUGAAGCUAAUCCUGAAGAUGCUGAAGGAACUACGGAUGCUUCGGAACCAAACGGUGAUUUAACAACCCCUGAUCCUGAAGGAAGUACGGAGGCUUGA